AUGAUCUAAAAUUCUAGUGAGAAUAUUACAACAUCUAUCCCUAUUUAAAACCUUGAGGAUGAGUCUCCAAAUUCUCAAAGUUAACAAUAGGAUGAAUAAACAUGCUAGAGCCCAGAAGAAAAUGUCAUAAAUUAGCCAAUAGCCUAAUUAGAUUAAGAUAUUGGACAACAAGUAUAAGAUCUCUAAUAAAUUGAAUAAUUUGAUCCGCGUGACUAUGAUUAGGUAAGCUGUCCUUAUUGUGAUACCGAAAUGUUCAAAAAGGAUUAUUGGGUUCACGUUGGUCUGUGUGAAGAACAAAUAAGUUAUCCUGAUUUAGUUGAAUAACAAUGCCGAUAAUGUGGCGAUAAUAUUGUUAAGCAAUACUUAAACGAUCACUUAAAGGUCUGCCAAUAUGAUUAUUAUGGCGAAGUGAAAUGUCCUUAUUGCUCUUUUCCAAUAGUGAAAGCUUGGCUAAAGGAACAUAUUGCUGAAUGCGAUGGUUAUAAAUAGGAAAAACUAAGAGAAAUGUAGGGAAUAAAAAAUUGCUAUAUAUGUUUAGAGGAUAUUACAGAAAACAAUAAAAUCUUAAAAUGUUCUCACAGUUUUCACGAAGAUUGCAUCUAAAAAUGGUUAAAAGUAAAAUAAACAUGCCCACUUUGUUAAAGUCUUAUCACCGAAGUAAAAGUACCUGUUUGA